AUGAAUAGUAAUGAACUGAAUCUAAGGCAUGAAUAUUUUUAUGAAAUUUUCGGUAAAAAGAGAAAAUCGGACACUUUUGUUCCUACUCAGCCAUAUACUCUCAAGGUUCAGCCAGCCGUCGGUGACAUUUCCAUAGAGAACGAUGAAGACGUAGUCGAAAAUGAGACUACAUUCAAAGACAUCGCAUUAACACAUGACGCCAGUGCACAAUAUAAUACUGCGCCAAAGGCUUUCCUUCAGCAUUCGAAGACAUCUCCUGCUCUACACAUUUCAACAAAUUUUAAUUCAAGUCCCCAACCUUUCACGACAGACGUGUUGUACUCCAAAAGUAAAAUAGACCAACCAAUACAUGCAUCAAAUGGCCGGAACGCUGCUGCCAAAGCCUUGUCACCUUCUCAAAAAAGAUCGAAUCCUAUAUUGCCCCCCAACACAAAAAAAUAUUCGUCUAACUCAAUAUUAUCGCCAUCCAAGGGCAAUAGUAGUCAUGCCGUGGAUCCGAAUCCGUAUUCUACUCCUCCAACUCCCAAAAGUGCAGACCUCAUAACGGCUUCCCAUAAUUCAUUUGAUAAAAAGCCCGAUACUUCAAGCACUUCUUCUUUGUUUGCUUUGGAUUCACUGAAAAAUCAAAAUAGGCGCUCAUCAAACUCUUCCAAUCAUUCGAAUCAGUAUCAACGCUACGGCAACCAUCAUCACCGCCAUCAUUCAAGAUCUAAAUCAAGCCCCGUCUCCCUAUCAGAGAUUUCUCUGAUCAAAGGAACACCCCUGGUUUACUCUGCACUUUUAUCAUUGAUCGCUAUAAAAUUCAAACAGACUAUUCAAUUAAGUACUCAUAAGAAAAUGGGACUACUUUAUAGAGAUUCAUUUACAGGGAAACAAGCGAUUGAUACAUUGUGCUUGAUCAUAGGCACUUUAAAUCGUAAUUUGGGUUUACUAAUCGGUAAAUCGUUGGAAGCUCAAAAGUUGUUCCAUGAUGUCCUUUAUGACCACAAUAUAAGGGAUUCCGUAUUAGAAGUUUAUGAGUUUUCUUCAAGUUCGGUUUUCAUAGCUCAUCAGUUACAUAGUUUUACGUCAGUUGCCAGUACUCUUUCUUCAUCAACUUCUUCGCUUAACUUAGUUGGUACUAAAACUGAAAUUAAUGGUGUUUUCGUUCCACUUUCGCAUUGUUAUUCGCCCACAUGUUCUAUGGAAAAACUUUGCUACUCUAUCUCCUGUCCUAAUCGUUUGCAACAACAAGCAAAGCUACAUUUGAAAUUAGGUGGUGGCCUUAAGAGAAACAUUUCGUUGGCACUCGAUAAGGACGACGAUGAAAGAAUCUCUUGGACAAGUUCCGUGCCAAAGAGUAUAUGGGAGUCAUUACCCAAAACACAAAUAAAAAGACAAGAAGCAAUAUACGAGUUAUUUACCACAGAAAAGAAAUUUGUUAAAUCCUUGGAAAUCAUACGAGAUACAUUCAUGAAAAAAUUAUUAGAAACAAAUAUCAUUCCAUCAGAAGUAAGAGUAAAUUUUGUGAAGCACGUCUUUGCACAUGUCAAUGAAAUUUAUUUUGUAAAUAGAGAAUUUUUAAAAGCUUUAGCACAGAGACAAGCAUUGAGUUCAAUUUGUCCUGGAAUUGCUGAUAUAUUUUUACAGUAUCUUCCGUUUUUCGAUCCGUUUCUCUCCUACAUCGCAUCAAGACCAUACGCCAAAUAUCUAAUUGAAACACAGAGAUCAGUUAAUCCAAACUUUGCUCGUUUUGAUGACGACGUGUCCAAUUCCUCUUUAAGGCAUGGAAUAGAUUCGUUCUUGUCUCAAGGUGUUUCAAGGCCUGGUAGAUACUCUUUGUUGGUUAGAGAGAUAAUUCAUUCUUCAGAUCCUGUAACCAAUAAAGACGAUUUGCAAAUGCUAAUGAAAGUGCAGGAUUUAUUGAAAGAUCUAAUGAAAAGAAUCGAUAGAGCAAGUGGUGCGGCACAAGAUCGUUCUGAUGUUAAAUUAUUGAAACAGAAAAUUCUGUUCAAAAACGAGUAUGUCAAUCUAGGUCUAAAUAAUGAAAGAAGAAAGAUUAAGCAUGAGGGCCUAUUGUCUAGGAAAGACGUAAACAAGGUGGACGCAUCGUUUGCAGGAGAUAUCCAAUUCUAUCUGCUCGACAAUAUGUUAUUGUUUUUGAAAUCGAAGGCAGUAAACAAAUGGCACCAGCAUACUGUAUUCCAAAGACCUAUUCCAUUGCCUCUGUUGUUCAUUUGUCCCGCUGAGGAUAUGCCAUCCAUAAAAAGACACGUUACUGAAAACCCAAAUUGCUCAGCAGGCAUACUUUCUCCCCAAUAUCAAACAAGCAAUGUCAAAAAUGCCAUCACGUUUGCCUAUUAUGGUACUAAACAGCAAUAUCAAGUAGCUCUGUAUGCCCCACAGCUGGCUGGGUUACAGACAUUGAUAGAGAAGGUCAAACAAGAACAGAGCAGAUAUCUUGAUGAAACUAAGCAGAUCACUUUUAAGCAGUUGAUAGGCCAAUUUUUCCAUUCUUAUACAAAUAAUAAUCACAUUAAUGAUGUUUUACUAUUUUCAGGAGGUAGAUUAUUAUUAGUCGCAACAAAUCUCGGGCUUUAUGUCAUGAAUUAUAACUCUUCGAUCAACCAGCAACCAAUUCAUCUUCUGCAUAAAAUCUCGAUAUCGCAGAUAUCUGUGUUGGAAGAGUACAAAAUCAUUGUUUUACUAAUUGAUAAGAAGUUGUACGGUUGUCCUUUGAAUAUAAUUGAAGAUCCACAAAAUGGUGAUUUUAUUUUCAAAAAGAAAUCCAAGGUCUUGUCAAAAUAUGUCAUGAUGUUCAAAGAUGGUAUCUGUAAUGGUAAGAGGGUCAUUUUGGCAGCUCAUAACUUUUUGCAUACGAUAAAGUUAAUAAAUGUAGGUCCCUUGAUAUCUGACUUUGGCAAUAGUAAUUUUAAGAAAAACCUGAAGGCAAGCUUACUGGAGUUUAGUGUCGAUUCAGAGCCUUUGUCAUUUUCAUUUCUGGAGGACAAAAUCUGCAUCGGUUGUAAAAAAAACAUAAAAACACUAAACGUGCCUGACGUUUUUGAAAAGAAUUCUUUCAAAAUAAGAGAACUUUUUAAUCCAUACAAUGACAAAGUGUUAUUGGGGUUUUGUAAGGAAACAUUUAAAGCGGUUUCCAUAUUUUCAGUGAAAAACCUAUAUUUUAUCUGUUUACCAGAACUUGGAUUCUUUGUGAAUAAACAAGGAAGGAGGGAAGAAGCAAAAGAAAUUAUCCAUUGGGAGGGGGAAGCACAGCAGUUCGCAUAUUCUCAUCCUUACGUUUUGGCAGUUAAUGAAAACUUUAUUGAAAUUAGGGAAAUAGAAAACGGCGAGCUUGUACGUUGUGUACUCGGCAAUAAGGUUCGCAUGUUUAGGGCACACUCUCAAAGUAUUUUAUAUAGUUAUGAAGAUUCUCAUGGAUUUGAAAUCGUUGAAUCGCUAAAUUUUUGA